UGAUAACGCCGUUUGGACCAGCAUUGCUGCUGCCGCCUUCUUCGUCACGUUCCCUUCCCUCGAACGUCCUCCUGUCCUCCCUGGUGCUGUCCUUCCCGUCCACCUGCACCCUGGUGGUCGUGGUUGACGUCCUCGCCCUGCACGUGGCAGAGCAGAUGAGGGGAGCCACUGACACGCCUCUAGCUUUUGCUCUGCCGCCUCUUGUACACCCCAACAUGGCGGCCAUCGUCGGCUUCAGUAAAAAUAAUAAGAAGGCCUUCCGCAGCAGCCAGGCAUCAGCGUUCAGCUCUGUAGUUUCAUCCGAGAUUCUGCACGGCGUGACGCUCCAGCAGCUACACCAGCGAGUGGCGCAAAAACUGCGACGGCGACGCGAAGUCGAAGAAAAAAUUCUGGCGCAGGCCACAAUCAUGAGUCUGGGCGAUGAAAAGUCAUUGCAGGUUAAAGAAACAACCACGAAAAUUAUGCAAAAAGGUGAGACUGUAAUUCCGGCAGUUGAUGCAAUGAAGCAAAAGCAAUUAGAAAAAGAGCCACAAGUUGACGCGUGUGUUUCAGAAGCCCCAUCACCUGAUAAUCCGCACAUGGAGAAACCUAAAUCGGAGAGUGCUGUUACAGAAUUACAUCAAGCGAGUAACUCAAAGACGUACAAGCCAGUGUACUGCAGCGAAGAUGAGUCUAUCGAACAUGAAUCAUUUGCGGAAAUUCGAGCUAAAUUUGACACAGCUCUUAAAAAGCUAUCACCCACCGAGCCUGAGGGACCGAACACAAAAAACGUGAAGUCCGUUGGUAAGUCCGACGACACUCGUGUGGACAACCACACAUUGAAUUCAAAUCCANC